AGGAAGAGAUAUAGGGUUUAUUCUCCAUAUAUAAAAAACAAAAACCUCUGCACAUUUCAUUCAUUUUCAUCUCUCGGCUCGGUCAUCACCUUUCUGUGUUCGCUCUUUUCGUGUCGCUAGGGUUUCGCCUGAUCAAAUCAGGUCAAAUAUCUAGAUCUCAACUGGCACAUGGAGGAGCAACAGCAGAGUGUGUCAAGUUGUUACGUAUUUAAAAGUCGAUUGCAAGAGUAUGCUCAAAAGGCAGGACUCACCACCCCUAUUUAUCAUACUAUCAAGGAAGGCCCUUCACACCAGCCAGUAUUCAGGUCAACUGUCGUAGUAAAUGAGGAAAGCUAUCAUUCCCUGACCGGAUUUUUGAAUCGAAAGGCGGCUGAACAAUCUGCUGCUGAAGUUGCUCUCAUUGAAAUUGCUAAAACUGGUGCAACAGAUAAAAGCGUCUCUCAUCCCGUGCAUGAAACCGGAUUGUGCAAAAAUCUACUUCAAGAAUACGCACAAAAGAUGAACUAUGCCAUCCCAUCAUACGUCUGCACAAGAGACGAGAGCAAGGGCCGAGAUUCCCCGUUUUCUUGUACUGUUGACAUAGGAGGAAUGAAAUAUAUAGGUACAGCAGCAAAGACAAAGAAGGAGGCGGAACUUAAAGCUGCGAAAAUCGCUCUUUUGGCUAUAAGAAUGAGUACACCCGAGCCAAACGUAGAACCCGACACACCCGACCUGGAAUCCUUAUACACAGUGGUCCCCAGUAAACGGAAGGAGCCUGAGCGGGCUGUCGGGGAAACAGAGGAAAAGGUGAAGACAAAUAAGAGGAAAAAGGGCAAGUUUAAGAGACGAAAGAGGAAAUUUGAUGCUGCACGAGGUGAAGUUGUCGAGGUGAAAACAAACGGCGAUAAUUUGAAGUCAAAUGGGGAAAGCGUUUCAAAUGGGGAAAGCGUUUCAAACGGGGAAAGCGUUUUGGUUCAGAGCGAGGACCAGAGUUUGGUUUUAGAAUAGAAAAUUAUCCUCAUCCCAUGAGUAAUGAUGUAUAAGUAGAAUUUGGAUGUGUUUUGUACUUGGGGGCAUAAUUCAUUGGGUAUAACAUCUUGGCAAUAUUACAUUUUGGAGUUUUAACUAUUUUUGAACAUAGACUGGUUUUUUCCUA